GGUAGAACCUCAUUGACACGUUCACACCAAGGUCACAAUUCCAAACAUAUUUAACGAUAGAAAGUUAAGUUUGAACUACUACAGUUCAGUAACAGAUAAUAAUAAUUUAGUAUAGACAAAUACUUAGCAGUGAGGGCUUUUCGAUCGACCAUUAUUCACUAGUUGACGAAGCGUCCUUACAAAUUGUAUUCGCAGCUGCCGGUGUUUUGCACUCCAACGACAUCUAAUAGACAAAUUCGCAUUAUGAACUCAGCUCAUUUGACAAAGGGCAGCGAAGCCCCUCCCCUUCAGCCUGGAAAACUACGUGUCUACAGUAUGAGAUUCUGUCCUUAUGCUCAGAGGGUUCAUUUGAUAUUGGAUCAAAAAAAAAUUCCAUACGAUGUAGUGCUGAUAAAUUUGGGCAACAAGCCGGACUGGUACCUGGAGAAGAGUCCGCUGGGGAAAGUCCCUUGCAUCGAAUUUCCAAACGGUGAUGUUUUAUACGAAAGCCUGAUAGUCGCUGAUUAUCUCAAUGAGGCUUAUUCACAGAGUAAUCUCUACCCUGAUGAUCCCCUUCUCAAAGCUAAGGACAAGUUACUGAUUGAGAGGUUCAACGGUGUCAUCUCAUUGAUGUAUAAGCUGUAUUUGGAGACUUUUGUUGACCGGGAAUUGUUCGAGGAGGCCUUGAAAGGAUUAGAAAUAUUCGACAGAGAAUUGGGAACAAGAGGAACACCUUUUUUCGGUGGAAACAAGCCUGGGAUGUUGGACUUGAUGAUCUGGCCCUGGUGUGAGAGAGCUGAUCUCAUCAGAAUUAUCAGGGGGGAGCAGUAUGCCAUUCCACGUGAACGUUUCCUCAGACUGCUUCAAUGGAAAUCUGCAAUGAAAGACGAUCCAGGUGUCAAAGUUAGCUACUUGGAUCCAGAAAUCCACGCAAAAUAUAUGAGAAGUCGCCUAGCUGGGAGUCCACAGUACGACAUUCUCGUUGAAACAAAGUAAAUAAAAGGAGUGAAACACUGAGAACAUUGAUAUUAUCAAGAGUUUAUGAAAAAAAUACUAAAGUUUAUUGAAUACUCAAAGUUGAUAUAAUCCAAGAAUAUAAAUAUUGGUCCAUUAUUUACUUUAUUACCCCUAUGUUCGUUUAAAUUGUCUGGAGAUAAUUACUCAUCACCUUGUAUUUGUAAUAAGAAGAUACAGUCCAUAGAAUAAAAAACAAGCGAAGGCCAAUGCUGCGGCCAUCAUAAAAGAUUUCGUGUUUUGUUUCCUGAGAUGAAGCAAUUGUUCUUGAUUUUUUUUCAGGACCUCCUUCACUAGCUCCAGUUCUCGUUCCAAUCU